AUGAAGACCAUUCUCAGCAAUCAGACGGUCAACAUUCCAGAAAAUGUGGACAUCAAUCUGAAGGGACGCACAGUCAUUGUGAAGGGCCCCAGAGGAACCCUCUGGAGGGACUUCAAUCACAUCAAUGUAGAGCUGAGCCUUCUUGGGAAGAAGAAGAAGAGGCUCCGGGUUGACAAAUGGUGGGGCAACAGGAAGGAACUGGCCACCGUCAGAACCAUCUGCAGCCAUAUUCAAAACAUGAUCAAGGGUGUUACGUUGGGCUUCUGCCACAAGAUGAGGUCCGUGUAUGCUCACUUUCCCAUCAACGUCAUUAUUCAAGAGAAUGGGUCUUUGGUUGAAAUCCGAAAUUUCUUGGGUGAAAAAUACAUCCGCAGGGUUCGGAUGAGGACAGGCGUUGCUUGUUCUGUCUUUCAAGCCCAGAAGGAUGAAUUAAUCCUUGAAGGAAAUGAUAUUGAACUGGUUUCAAACUCGGCGACUCUGUUACCAGCAGGCCACAACAGUUAA